UAAAGCCCUCUCCAGCUGAAGGAGUCAAGUCCAAUCCGUCCAAGAGACACAGGGAUCGCUUGAAUGCGGAGUUGGACCGCUUGGCCAGCCUUCUGCCUUUCCCUCAAGAUGUUAUCGCCAAAUUGGAUAAGCUGUCUGUACUACGGCUUAGCGUCAGUUACCUGAGAGCCAAAAGUUUUUUUGACGUUGCAUUGAAAUCUUCUAACUCUACAAGACCAGAAAGAAAUGGCAUUCAGGAAAACUGUAGAACAGCUAAACAUGGAGAAGGAAUGCAGAUCCUGGAAGGAGAACUCCUGCUGCAGGCAUUAAAUGGUUUUGUAUUAGUUGUUACAGCCGAUGCUCUGGUCUUUUACGUCUCUUCCACUAUCCAAGACUACUUGGGGUUCCAACAAUCUGAUAUUAUACACCAGAGCGUAUUUGAAUUGAUUCACACAGAAGACAGACCUGAGUUUCAACGACAGCUACAUUGGGCAUUAAAUCCUGCGCAGUCUGCAGACUCUGGACCAGGUGUACAAGGAGAUAAUGGCUUUUCACAGCCAGCAACCUAUUAUGACCCAGACCAACUUCCUCCAGAGAAUUCUUCCUUUAUGGAAAGGAAUUUCAUCUGCAGGUUGCGAUGCCUCCUAGAUAAUUCUUCUGGGUUCUUGGCUAUGAAUUUUCAAGGACGAUUAAAGUUUCUCCACGGACAAAACAAGAAAGGGAAGGAUGGUGCUACUUUGUCUCCACAGCUCGCUCUGUUUGCUGUAGCAACUCCACUGCAGCCACCAUCUAUCCUUGAGAUACGAACCAAAAACUUCAUCUUCAGAACUAAACACAAACUGGAUUUCACACCUACUGGCUGUGAUGCAAAAGGAAAGAUUGUCCUUGGAUAUACUGAAGCAGAGCUGUGUAUGAGAGGAACAGGAUACCAGUUCAUUCAUGCAGCUGAUAUGCUUUAUUGUGCUGAAAAUCACGUCCGAAUGAUGAAGACAGGUGAGAGUGGAAUGACUGUAUUUAGGCUUCUAACCAAAGAAAAUCGUUGGGCCUGGCUACAGGCAAAUGCACGUCUUGUCUACAAAAAUGGAAGACCAGAUUACAUCAUUGCAACGCAAAGACCUCUUACAGAUGAAGAAGGGGCAGAACAUCUACGGAAACGUAACAUGAAGUUGCCCUUCAUGUUUGCCACUGGUGAGGCUGUGUUAUAUGAGGUGUCUUUUCCUAUGUCGAGCCUGAUGGAUCCCUCUCAGUUGAAGAAUAAAAGCACGACGGGAAAAGGAGCCAAAGCAGUGCAACACAGUGAUUCUGUGGAUCCAAAUUCUCUCCUAGGUGUCAUGUUAAGGCAAGAUGAGUCUGUGUAUCUCUGCCCUCCUGCGUCACAUAAACUUUCCUUUGAGCGAAACUUCUUUGCAGACAGCAGGGAUGAACUGAGCAGUGUUGGCAGCAGUGGCUGGACAGAUAAUCUCCGACCUGCUGGAAAUCACAGCGUUCUCAAACGGGAGCUAAUGGAGUGUUCCCAGGAUAGUAAUCUUAGUAACCUUCCACUUCCUGAUGACAGCGCAGCACUCUUUCAAGAUAACAAAAACAGUGAUUUGUACAGCAUCAUGAAAAAUCUGGGCAUUGACUUUGAAGAUCUAAAGUGUAUACAGCAGGAUGAGGAGUUUUUUAAAACUGAAUUAUCUGGUGUGGAUGAUAUUGAGGACAUCGACAUAACUGAGGAAAUCCUGACUUAUGUUCAGGAUUCCUUAAAUAAGCCUGACUACUUGUAUUCAGGCUCUAAUCAGCAGCAACCCCUGGUCCAGAAAGAAGGUUGCUUGGUACAGCAAGAGUUAGAUCCGCAUCAACUUCAUCAGCACCAGAAACAGCUCUUGGAGCAACAGCAACAGCAGCAGCAGCUCUGUCAUAAGAUGAAACAUAUGCAAGUCAAUGGGAUGUUCACAAAUUGGAGCUCUGGCGCCAGCAUGCCUCUUAGCUGCUCGCAGCAGCAGCCCCAGCAAUAUGUAUUCCCUGGCGUGCAUGCUACUACAUCCGAGUUCUCUUACAAAUCAGAAGUAAACACCCCCCCUUACGUGUGUAGGCAAGAGUUUAUUCCUUACAAGCAACCCACAGCAAUGAUGCCACAGCUUUCAAAUUUUUCUCAAAUGGAUUUCCCUGUAGCGGGUUUUGACAGGUCAGCCUACUCUGCUUCUUCCAACUUGGAGGAUUUUCUCAACUGUUUGCAGCAAGUACCUGAAAAUCGUGAGUGCGGGAUAAACUCUGAGUCGGUCAUGCUAACUCCUCAAACAUGCUAUGCAGGUGCUGUGUCUAUGUACCAGUGCACGCAGGAAGCACAGCCCAGCAGGGUGGAGCAAAUGCAGUAUGAUCCUACGAUGGCAAGUCAGCAAACCUUGUUGAACAAGUUCCAGAACAGUUUCAGUGGAGGAAAUGUAAAUGAAGCAUAUCCCUCUCAGUUAGAUGUGAUCAGUAAUACACAGACUGUCACCCAUCUUCAGCCUCUUCAUCACCCGACAGAACCCAGAUCCUUCUCAGAUUUGGCAUCUAGUGGAUUUAUGUGAUUCAGGUCUAGAGCUCCAUCUGUGAUUUUUGUCUGGGAAUCGGGCUACUCUGAGAAAAAGCUUGCUAAGUCUAUCUUUGAGCAUCAGACAUUGACAGCUAAAUUGUCAACUUAAUUGUUUUAAGAAUACAAGGUUGGUUGCACUAUAUACUGGUGGAUAUGUAAUCCAAGACCUGACUUCUUAGAGUGAAAGGUGGAAUUAAAACUUCUGACUAAAAGUAUGCAUGUUCUGUUUUCCAUUAGAUGGACUGUGUCAUUGCAGUAUGGAUUACAUAUGUACUACAGACUAUGUUAUGCUAUACAACAUAAGAUAAGGCAAAUGGUUUUGUUGUUUAGAAUAAUAAUUGGGCACUUUACAACUAGUGUCAAUGGCACAAGGAAGAUGAUUUCACAUGUGGAUUAUUUCCAGACUUUAU